CUUGCUUCGACAACAAGGCGAUGAGGACCGAGAUAUCGACACUACUCUGCCCUAGUUGUCACCGUUGCAUCUCAUGUACCGGUCACCCUUUCUAGCCCUCUCAAGACAUCGUGGAAGCGAUCAGGAAUAGCGAUGAAUCCUUGGGCGCCAUUUCUGACAACCAAUACCGAGACCGAGCGAUGGACGCAGAGCGACAAGCUCACACCCUUGCUUCCGAGAUCGACCGGCUGCUCAGCCUGGCACAAGAGCUUUCAGCGCACCUUCAGCGCCUUUCGGACUUCGCUACUCAGCAGCGCGCGAUAGCCGCACCCGUGCGGCGACUACCCGACGAGCUUCUAGAGCAGAUAUUCCGGCUCGCGUGCGCGGGGGUCGUAUUCUCGUAUCCCUUGUCGAAACCGAUGCUAACAGCGGUGACCAUCAGCCACGUCUGUCACCGGUGGCGCACCAUCGCCGAGCACGACAAACAGCUCUGGGCACCAGCUCUCAUCAAGCUGCACGAAGAUGACAUCAACGCGCUCCCGAAAAAACCUACAGUCGAGCAGCUACGGCUCUUCAAGGCGGCCUUACUCGCCUACCUCACGAGGUCCGAUCCACUUCCCUUCGCCAUCGAUUUGCGAGGGUCCUGCACCAUCCGCGAGGAUCAUGGAUCGAAGGAAUUCUCUAUCCUGCCCAAAAUGGAUUUUAUUGACGCUGUCACCCGCCGCUGCCACCACGCGCGCUUUUGCCGCACCUCCGUCCGGUACUUCUCGUUGAUGCUCCAUUUCUACAUGCAGAAAAGGGACCGAGCGGCGGGGUGCGUGGUAUCGAUCAUGUUGGAGGUCCUCGAGACUUUUGAGCUCGUAGACGAUCCACGCGCAUGGCUAAGGGCAGGCGUCUCCGCUUCGUACCAUCUGGACUUUCUGAAGAAUUACGCGCCUCGUCUGCGCUUUUGGAAGCAGGACAUCAUCGACCUUGGCCAUGAUUUCUAUGAUACUGCGAUGCAGCACGUUGCGGCGCACACGGUGGUGCGCCUCGAGGCGUCGUGGACCGACUCCGAACUUGCCAUUAAUGCACUUUCCUCCUGCGCGAGCUUGAAGGAGCUCAUAAUUGGACUCUGCCAUACCACCGACACAUGGAGCAACCCCAACCGCGAAGUGAUGAUGCUACCGGAGCUGGAGUCCCUCACCGUCGCUGCAGUUCCCGUGCGCUCGGUACUCGGGCGUCUGCUGAGCGGCCUCACUGCGCCGCGUCUGCGACAUGCGCGAUUUCGCCGUGCACUGCCAGACGAAGAGCGUCGCAUCGACAGGGAACUUGCACCAGAUAGGACUGAUUUCCCGCACGUAGACUUUGCGGGUUUCCUUGAGCGCUCGGGAUGCGCGCUGGAGUCGUUAGCUCUGCAGGGCGUAUGCGCCACGCUAGAGGACGCCGUCCUUCUUCGAGAGAGAAUGUCGAGCAUGACAGAGCUUUUGAUAGAGGACGCUAAGAUCGCGUAGCUUGUACGUCCUGUGUACAUCCCAUUCCGGUUCUCGGCCUUAUGUAGUAGGGAGGACGCAUGGAAGUACUAUUCGAGAAGUAUUCUUCCUGCGGCGCUACAAAUCGAUUAUGCGUGUUUGAUUUCCGGAGUUCCCUCGUUUGAGACAUGCAUAGCAAGACCAGCAAC